AUAUAAAAUAUAAAAUUUAUAUUGUUAUAAAUAUCUAUAUAACUCAUAAUAUAGAGAUUAUGCUAGUGCAUGAUAAAAUGCUAUAUCUGCCAAAAACUAUAAAGAUUGAUUAGCUGUUGUUCUAUAAUAAACUUUUGAUAUUGUGAUUUAAUUGACUAAUAUUUUUUAUGAAUACCUGACAUAUUAAUUAUCCUUCAUAUUAUCGCGUAAUAUUUUGAUGCUGAUAACGAUUGUCCGGCAAAGCGAUAUCUUGAAUAUGCUGUCAUUAUACGACCAUUGAUCAUAUUUAUCAGAUAAGCCCCCAAUCUCUUGUAGCAACAUGAACAGUACCUGUAUAACGUCACUGUGCGAAUUAACUCACAAGAAUGAAAAGGAUUUAUUUAAUUAUUGUUUUAACAUUUUGCACCUGCAAUGUACUUAUGGAUGCCAGAACUAAAUCAUGCUUCCAUUUUACAUGGCCAGGUCGAGGAAUCAAAGAGGGAGAGUUAGAUUGCAAACUCUUCAACCAAAACUAUACAAAUAUUCCUUGUGUAGAUCCUAUAUAUCCCGGUGAGUGUUAUAAUUUGAUAUUUAUAUUUAAUUUUAUUAAUUCUUUGUAUUUUCUUUGUAUAACAUUUUUUUCAGGCGACCAGAUGCCAGAUACAACUGAAAUAUCGAACUGGACAAACUCGACAGACUAUUUUUGUAAAUUGGAACUUGGUUCUGUUUGUGUAAAGUAUUUAUACAUAUAUAAUAAAGCGGUUAUAAAUGCCAGUUAUUUUUGUGGAAAAGUCAUAGAAGACCAGGCAAUAGCGGUUACAUCAGGCUGUUAUGUUACAUAUACUGAAGGAUAUACUAUUGAAGCAUGCGUUUGUGAAGACACAGGCAAUGGCAAACCUUGCAACUCGACAAUAAGAAAUACAUAUUCAAUACUAAUUAUUUUUAUAACUAUAGUUCCAUUGUUUAUAUAUAAAAUUUUCAAUAUUUCCUGACACUUUCUUUCGAAUUCUUUUACCUCUUUGAUACAGAUAAAAUUGUACAAAUUAUAUACAUUUAACAUUUAUUACAAUUGAUAUGCAAUUAUCAAUUAAGCGUAUAUCUUCUUACAAUUUUGUAGAAUACACAAUGUGUAUUUAAAUUAUAU